AAUUUCGGCUAAUCUGCGCCGUCCAAUUCAAAAUAGACGGCUCCUGCGCACUUUUCGCUUGCCCCUAUCGACACUGCUUCGCCAUAAAGCCGCCGCGCCUCCCCCUACUUCGUUGACCUCUUUCGAUUCCAACCUCGAUUCCCUCGACGUGAAAAGGAGAAGCUUGCAGUUUCUCUGCAGCUCAGAUAUGAAGGUGGGCUUAUUGAGAUGGGGAGUCCUUAAGCAUCUGAAGGAAGGUUUAGGGCAACCGAGGUUUCCACUAGGCCUCUAUAGAGGUUCCCAGGCAUGUUUUUCAACCAUAUCAUCUGAUGAGAAUGAGGAGAAGAUUGGAAUUGAGGAUGAUGAAUUUAUCGAAGACAAGAAAGAGUUGGAACCACAAGGUGUAGACCCCAUGAGGGGCUGGGGCUUCAGAGGUGUGCAUAAGGCAAUUAUUUGUGGAAAAAUUGGUCAAGCUCCUGUACAAAAGAUACUAAGGAAUGGCAAGACAGUGACCAUAUUUACGGUUGGAACAGGUGGUAUGUUUGACCAAAGAAUCACUGGUGCUGAGCAUUUGCCAAGACCAGCUCAGUGGCACCGAAUUGCUGUUCAUAAUGACCAGCUUGGGGCAUAUGCUGUUCAACAGUUGGUGAAGAACUCUGCUGUUUUUGUUGAGGGUGAUAUUGAGACCAGAGUCUACAAUGACAACAUCACUGGCCAAGUGAAAAAUAUACCUGAAAUCUGUGUGCGCCGUGAUGGAAAGGUUUGCUUGAUUAAGUCGGGGGAUAGCACUGCUAGAAUAUCUUUGGAAGGACUGCGGGAUGGAUUGUUUUGAGCGUGUUACUUGAGAUGCGUUUUACCUGCUCGUACCUUCAGACCAAGUGUGUUGCAGUCAUACACUUGUAGUGAUCGCCAAACUUUGCAAGUUCUAACUUUGUUAUUUUCUUUAUUGCUAAGAAGGAUUGUCCAAGGUGUGUUCUUGAGCUUGUCUAUUCACUAAAAUGAUGUAGAACUUUUUAGUGUGGUUUUGAUAUCUUUGAUUUUAGAA